UCGUUCGUGGUGCUGGCCAAACAUCUCGUGUGCUGUACUGGCCCUCAUAGGUUCUGCUACUCGCUUGUAGCACUUGCCCCAAAAGUCUGUUAACGCCACACGGGGGAAUCUUUAUCUUUUGCUGCAAGUCUUCUCUCCCGCUGCCUCCCUCCCUCAGCGCGCACAGCAGCUGCAUCUGCUGUGCGCGUCUCUCCGCUACUAUGACGCCGGCCGGGCCGCGUUCCACAACGACGGGGGCGGGGCCCGCAGCGGUGAGUGGGCACCCCCCGGUGACGGGGCGGCGGCGGCGGGGCAGCCAGCGGAGCGGCUGGCGCCCACCGAACUCAUACAGGAGGUGGAGUGGCUCCACCGCCGGGGAGAGAUUCACCCCUUCCUGCUCCACGUCGUCAGCACGGUGCGUGCGUGUUUGUGUGCAUAGUAGUGUAGCGCUACGAACCUGGGCGACCUGAGUUCGAUUCCCGCUCACAGCAACACCAGUGACUAUUAUUUGAACCGGUCCUGGGCCUCUCCUAGGUCGACUCGGUCUUAAAUGGGUACCUGUUGCAAUGCGUGAAUAUUGCCACAAGGGAGACCAAGGUGGCCGGGCGUGGUGCUGGCUACCCAAUCCCUCGUGUGCCGUGCCAGCCUUCAUAGAUGCUCGUGAACAGCACUUGCCACAGCAAUCUGUUAUACGGGGGAUAUUUGUCCGUGGUGAGAGUCUGUACGGCCAUCACGGGCGGUGACGCGGCCCAGCGGAAAUAGAUGUUCGCGGUUCGAAUCCAGCAGGUCGCCCUGGUUAUCGCUGCAGGAACGUUAUCCGUAAACUACGCACCGUCUGCUGCACAGUGGAUGUCAACGAUCCCGUGAUGCCUUUCGUAAAGAGUGGGCCGUUGUGUGGUCCAAAUUUUGCCACAUGAAAAAUGACACCGCAACAUCGCGGUGUAACUUAUACGGCAGCAACGUCACCCCCCCUACCGCGAAGCUACCACCGUGGCCCGUGUCUUUGAAACAGCGGUGCCUUCCCGCGUGGCGACCGCCCCCUCGCCGUAACAACGCUGGCGCCUGUACCCACACGCACUCAGUCGUUGUUUUUAUCACGAGUCCAGACGGUGUUCACUUGAUGAACGAUCUCUGUGUGAUCCUCCAAAUCUCUCCCCCCCGCACCACGGGCGGGCUGGCGGGCUGGUGCGUGGGCCCCCCCCCCCCCCGCGUGCAGGGCGAGGUGUGGCUGCCGGCAGAGGUGACGGAGGGGGAGGGGAGCCCCGGGGGACUCCCGUCGGCCGCGAGCCUCUACCGCACCGCCCGGCAGCACGUGUAUGCCGUGCUGUUCCACUACCACGACGGCGGGCACCCGGGGCAGCCGGGGCAGCCUGGACGGCAGCCGUUGGAGCCAGCACAGCUCGGGCACCUGGGGCAGCAUGCAGGUGGAGAAAUAGCCGAGCAAAAUAACUAAGCGGAUAGUGCACAACUCCAUUUCGUACCUGUACCUCCACAUGCAAGAGCCGAGUACUUUUUUACACAUCUCAUCAGCGACACGGCCUUCAGCAGCAUUUCGGCAGGAUCGGUUCAAUCUGUACAAGGAAACUACGAUUGGCCGGUUUCAACUUUCAUCGUCUCAUCAGCAGAGCCAGGCUCACUUGAACCAAUGCUGGUGAACUGCCAGAUGUUAAUUGGCAAAGAUCCCCUCUCUGUUAGAUAUGGGUCCUAGUCCGACGCUAAACUAUGUAACGCAAAUGAAUAUUUUUCUCUUUUAUGUGGAGGGAUGGGUGUGUGAAGGAGGGGUACGUUGUCUAUGUGGAGGGACGGGUGUGUGAAGGAGGGGUACGUUGUCUAUGUGGAGGGACGGCUGUGUGAAGGAGGGCUGCGUUGUCUAUGUGGAGGCACGGGUGAUGGUGGUGGUUGCCCUGUGUGCACUUUAAGGCCACAUGUAGUGUCGAACGCCCGCUGGCAGGAGAUCACGGGAUAGAUCCAGCAGGUGCCAUGGGUUGACUGAGAUGGCUGGUAGAUGCACCACUUGUGCCCCCUACUGUGUUAACUUACUGUGUUUUAGCUGCCCGCGCUCGUUGUUGGGAGCAUCGCUGCUCUGCUCUCUGCUGUUGUUGGAAGGGCGACUGCCUCCAACUGCCCAGUAGCGUCCUUCACGAGCCUCCUCCACAUAGCCUGGCACAAGCGCCGUGGUGACAUCACCGCCGCUUCGUGGCGAAUGGCGGCUGUUGGUGGCACGCAGGCUGCGCGGCGCGCAUCAGGGAGUGGAGGCCGAGCGGGUGCCUGUGCCUCUCGGAGCUGGUGCCGCCACUGGCGCUGCCCACCUCCGCCCACCGAUGCCCGCCUCCCCUCGAGCUCUGGGCGGCGCAGGGCCCUGAGGGCGACGCCAGGCGCAUGGGCGCCUUCCUCGCCUGCCUCCGCUGCGACGGCACGCCCGGCCUUCGCAACCAGGCGAGCGUGCCGCCCUACUUCCUCCUCUUGUGCUGCGUGCUCCGGUACAUGCUGCAGUGGCCUGGCCCGGGGGAGCUGCUGUCCAGGUCGGAGAUGAAUGCGUUCCUGGCGCAGGCCGUGACCCUGCACCACCGCAGCCUCGCCGAGCUCAGGGACCUCGAGGUGCAGCAGGUGAGCGCGCGCGGCGUGGCGUUGGCGAGGCUGUUCAUGUGCGGCGUGGAGAUGGCGCUGGUUGCCAACGACGCGUGCGGCCGGCCCGUGUCGCUCGCCUGCGCCGCGCCCUGGAACUACUUCGACGGGAAACUCUUCCAGCGCAAGCUGGCCGACUCGGCCAUGCAGCCGCUGCUCGAGCUGUGCGACGGCAAGGACGAGCUGGCGGCGCGCGCCCUCGAGAUGCGCAAGUGCAUUGCGGACGGGCUGACGCUGCCGCUCCCGGUGCUGAGCAGGCCCCCGGCAACCGACAGGGAAGGAGUCGGCGCCUCCGCGACGUUCCGACUCCCGGCGGUGGAUCGUGAGACAAUCGUCCUCCCUGCCGGGGCCUCCUGGACGCUCCAGCCCAAGAGAGGGGUGGGCAGGGCCCGUGAAGAUGGCCGCGCGGUUCUGCGGCGUGGUGGCGGGAGGCUGAAGGUUGCCGGCGUGACGGUGGCCACGUGGUCGGGCGGUCCCAGGGUGGGCCGCCAGGAGGAGCGAGGUUUCCCGGCGGUGGCGCUGGCAUCGUCGCCUCUCCCACGUCCUCCGCCGCCUCCUCCGACGGCGACACGUCGCUCGUCGGGCCGUUCGCCGCACAGAGGCCGACGGCGCGACGGGGCUGUCGGGGGACCAUUGGCCGCAUCGCCAUGAUCGGCGAGCCACUAGCGCAGCGCAGGCCCGGGGCCUUCUCCUGGCAUGGGGGUCCCCCUCCGCUAGCCCUCCCCCGCCCCCCUUACGCUAGCCCUCCCCCGCCCACCUUUGUGAGAGUGGGGGACGGGGGAGCCUCGAUGUGAUAACUCCACGGCGGAGGCCGGUGAGUGAAUGUUGAAUGUUUCUCACCGGGGCCACUGCUCGUCGCCGGCCGAGGUUCGAGGUUUGCAUCCGGCAGGCCGCCCCGGUUAACGCGUCGUUCGAAACGGGGUUCAGCCACGUCUCGGGAGUCCGCGACCUCAAAAAUUGCCCCUCGGGUUCCCCUCCCCGCACCCCAAUCGCUUGCAGCAGCAGCGACGACAUCCCGCCCGCCGGCGCGAAACUAGCGGGCGCGGUAGCGGCUGCGGCCGUGGUGGCGAGACACGGCGGGGUGAUGGCCCUGCGUUGCCGCGAGAGUGACGCUGUAAGAUACCGCGCUCGCACACUCGUCCAGCGACCCUGGUGCUCGUCGCCCGGCAGAGGCCUCGGCAGGCGGAGCGGAGAGAGCGGCCGCGGGAGCCGUUUCCCGCUGCUACGUCCUUCUGGAAGUUGACGUUGAAGUUCAUCGUUUGCUUGUGCUGAUUGUAUAAACCUUCGCGCAAAGAAAGGUUUAAUAAAAAAAAUUAACGUUCGGAUAGAGAGAAAAUGCAUUGCGGAAUUUGCGUUCCGAGUGGAACAAAUAUUUGUGUGAACCUCAUAAUUACCACUGAUUUAGCCAGGGAGGGUCCUGCUCCAUUGGGAUGUUUGGCUGACGCCAGGGACGUUGUGCGUUUCACCACGCGAGGAAACCGGAGAACCCCCGGGGGAAACCCACGGAGAACAGAGUGAGAGAAUAACAACAAUAACAACCUCGACACAGAGGUCUCGUGUCGCGCUGAGACGCGCGGCCGCCAGGGGUCGCUGUGAGCCCGGUGGUGAGGAGGUGCUUGCGAUUUCACCCUGAAUCGUUAACCGAUUUGUCAGUUACCGGUUCGGGUUAAAAAUGUUACGUUUUUUGCUCGACAUUCCUGUUAACGUCGAAAACUGACAACCGUUUAAAAAUAUAUAUUUUGGUUACUGGUUAUUCCCAAAUCUAGAUUUCACAUGUGUUCAGUGCUCUGCAUCGGAAGGGGAAGUUGGGUAACGAAGGUGCUGGUUGGCGGGAACGUAUAAGCGGCGGGCGGCCUCUGUCACCGCCUGGUUAAACUUAACCCUCGUUGCUCUGUUGAAAAAUAAAAGUGCAGCACCGCAUUUGCUCGCUCGCUGUGCAUUACGCGUGUGUGGUGCGCGUGCGUGUGCGGUGCGGUAGUGUUAGCGGUUAGCGCGCUGGGCU